AAGCUGAUGUCUCCUCGACUUCCAACUGGAACCUUGAACCCCCACAUUCCUGGACCUUGAGCAUUCCUCAAGUAGGAAGAUGUAAUGCACCUUGACCUCUUUCUAAAUAAGACACUUCCCCCAAACAAGGGGAGUUGAGAGUGAAGUCUUCACGUCUCCACCCACUUUCAGAUCCCAGAGGAGACAGACAUCGGAUGGCUGGUCAGCCCUGACAAAGGUCAGCUAGCCCCUUGAGGACAUCAGCUUUGGCCUCAGGGUCCUAAUGGCAGCAGAACCACUGACAGAGCUAGAGGAGUCCAUCGAGACCGUGGUCACCACCUUCUUCACCUUUGCAAGGCAGGAGGGCCGGAAGGAUAGCCUCAGCGUCAACGAGUUCAAAGAGCUGGUUACCCAGCAGUUGCCCCAUCUGCUCAAGGAUGUGGGCUCUCUUGAUGAGAAGAUGAAGAGCUUGGAUGUGAAUCAGGAUUCGGAGCUCAAGUUCAAUGAGUACUGGAGACUGAUUGGGGAGCUGGCCAAGGAAAUCAGGAAGAAGAAGGACCUGAAGAUCAGGAAGAAGUAAAGCCGCCUGGCUGAGAUGGGGGUGGGCAAGGCAGGGCUGGUCAGGACUGAGCAGAACCCCACUCUUCCCAAAUAAAGCUUCCUCCUUGAAACACAAA